AUGUCAACUACCAGGGGUAUUUGCCGAUUUGCUCGGAACUGUAUCCCACACUACUCUGAUAUCCUCAUGGCCUUUCCCCGCCGUUCGAUCCUUAUCCGUAAAAUGACUGACCUAGCUCGGAAGGAUAAGGAGCAGGCAGGAUCGGGAGAUUCACCGUGUCCGGGCUGCCCCAGUGACACUGAAGGCGGUUCGACACAGCCGAAAGUGUCCCUCCUCACUUUCUGCGCUAAUAGCGUCCAGUCACCCUCCGCUUUCCAUCGAUAG